AUGCUCCGAGGCCGAUCUCUGUCUGUGACAUCCCUGAGUGGGCUUCCUCGGUGGGAAGUGGAAGAACUUCCUGUGGAGGAUUUGCUGCUUUUUGAAGUCGCUUGGGAAGUAACCAAUAAAGUUGGUGGCAUCUAUACUGUGAUUCAGACGAAGGCCAAAACCACAGCAGAUGAAUGGGGAGAUAAUUAUUUUCUGAUUGGCCCCUAUUUUGAGCACAAUAUGAAGACUCAGGUGGAACGGUGUGAACCUAUAAAUGAUGCUAUCAGAAAAGCAGUGGACACAAUGAAUAAACACGGCUGCCAGGUGCACUUUGGAAGAUGGCUGAUAGAAGGGAGUCCUUACGUGGUGCUAUUUGACAUAGGCUAUUCAGCUUGGAACCUCGACAGGUGGAAGGGAGAUCUCUGGGAAGCAUGCAGUGUCGGCAUCCCUUAUCAUGACCGAGAAGCCAACGAUAUGCUAAUAUUUGGAUCUUUAACUGCCUGGUUCUUAAAAGAGGUGACGGAUCACGUAGAUGGGAAACAUGUCAUUGCCCAAUUCCACGAAUGGCAGGCGGGAACUGGACUGAUCCUUUCCCGAGCUCGGAAGCUUCCUAUCGCUACAAUAUUUACCACUCACGCCACACUGCUUGGCAGGUAUCUCUGUGCAGCAAACAUUGAUUUUUACAACCAUCUUGAUAAGUUUAACAUAGACAAAGAGGCUGGGGAAAGGCAGAUUUACCACCGGUAUUGCAUGGAGCGAGCCUCUGUCCAUUGUGCUCAUGUGUUCACCACAGUAUCUGAAAUAACAGCAAUAGAGGCAGAACAUAUGCUGAAGAGAAAGCCUGAUGUAGUUACUCCAAAUGGCUUGAGUGUUAAGAAAUUUUCAGCAGUACAUGAGUUUCAAAAUCUACAUGCCAUGUACAAGGCCAGGAUCCAAGAUUUUGUUCGUGGUCAUUUCUAUGGUCAUCUGGACUUUGAUCUUGAAAAGACUUUGUUCCUUUUCAUUGCUGGGAGAUAUGAGUUUUCAAACAAAGGAGCUGACAUCUUCCUAGAAGCCUUAUCCAGGUUAAAUUUCCUGCUGAGGAUGCAUAAAAGUGACGUCACGGUGGUGGUGUUUUUCAUUAUGCCUGCCAAGACAAACAAUUUCAACGUGGAAACCCUGAAAGGCCAGGCAGUGCGGAAACAGCUAUGGGACAUUGCACAUUCUGUGAAGGAAAAAUUUGGAAAGAAACUCUAUGACGCAUUACUAAGAGGAGAAAUACCUGACAUGAACAACAUUUUGGAUCGAGAUGAUGUAACAAUUAUGAAAAGAGCCAUCUUUUCAACUCAGCGACAGUCUUUGCCUCCAGUGACCACUCACAACAUGAUUGAUGACUCCACUGAUCCCAUCCUCAGCACCAUUAGACGGAUCGGACUUUUCAACAGCCGCACAGACAGAGUCAAGGUGAUUUUGCACCCAGAGUUCCUAUCCUCCACCAGCCCCUUAUUACCUAUGGAUUAUGAAGAGUUUGUUCGAGGUUGUCAUCUUGGAGUAUUUCCAUCAUACUAUGAACCAUGGGGUUAUACUCCAGCUGAAUGCACGGUGAUGGGUAUCCCCAGUGUGACAACCAACCUCUCCGGCUUUGGCUGUUUCAUGCAGGAGCACGUGGCUGAUCCUACUGCUUAUGGCAUUUACAUUGUUGACAGACGGUUCCAAUCUCCGGAUGAUUCUUGCAAUCAGCUGACUCAGUUUCUCUAUGGAUUUUGCAAACAGUCCCGCCGCCAGAGAAUUAUUCAGAGAAACCGAACUGAGAGGCUCUCCGAUCUUCUGGAUUGGAGAUAUCUGGGCAGAUAUUAUCAGCAUGCCAGGUACCUGACAUUAAGCAGAGCUUUUCCAGAUAUAUUCCAUAUGGAGCCUACAUCACCACCAACAACAGAAGGAUUUAAAUAUCCCAGGCCAUCCUCAGUUCCACCUUCCCCUUCAGGGUCUCAGGUCUCUAGUCCUCAGAGCAGUGAUGUGGAAGAUGAAGAGGAUGAGCACUACAAUGAGGAAGAGGAGGCUGAAAGGGAUCGGUUAAAUAUCAAGUCGCCAUUGUCUCUGGGCCGGGUUCCUCGUGGGAAGAAAAAGCUGCAUGGUGAAUACAAGAACUGA